GAAGCAGACGAUAGUGAUCGCACUGCCAAUGGCUACCGCCGGUUCUCGGAAGUGCACACUGAUAUUACUACAACUUUUAGAAGUCAACCCUGGAAACCUUCAAGCGGCGGCUCUCAGAUACUACUCCUCUCAGAAUAUCAAAAACUCCGACGACGAUGAAAAACCAGAACCAGACGAUAAUAUCAGACCAAAGAAACCCUCCACAAAAACCAAGAAGGCUAAAACAAUGGCGAGACUCAUCAACUCCAAACCCUGGUCAACUCACCUCGAGUCAUCUCUCUCAAAUCUCUCCCCGUCAAUCUCCAAAACCACCGUCUUCGAAGUUCUCCGCCUCACUAAAACCCCAUCAAGAGCCCUACAGUUCUUCAACUGGGUCUCAAAUUUAGGGUUCAUCCACAACGACCAGACCUAUUUUUUAAUGCUCGAAAUUCUGGGUCGCGCUCGGAGCCUCAAUGUAGCCCGUAAUUUCCUCUAUUCCAUCAAGAGAAAGUCUAACGGAACCGUUAAGCUUGAGGAUAGGUUCUUUAAUAGCUUAAUUCGAAGCUAUGGUAGAGCUGGAUUGUUUGAAGAGUCUAUACAAGCUUUUAAAUCGAUGAAAUCCGUUGGUGUGUCGCCUUCAGUAGUUACAUUUAAUAGUCUUUUGUUAGUUUUACUUAAACGUGGUCGUGUUAAUAUGGCACAGAGCGUGUUUGAUGAAAUGCUUCGAACAUAUGGUGUUAAUCCUGAUACGUAUACUUUUAAUCUUUUGAUUCGAGGGUUUUGUAAGAAUUCUAUGGUUGAUGAUGGGUUUAGGUUUUUUCAGGAAAUGUCGCGGUUUAACUGCGAGCCUGAUGUUGUAACUUAUAAUACUCUUGUUGACGGGUUGUGUAGAGCUGGGAAGAUUAGUAUAGCUCAUAAUGUGAUUAGAGGGAUGGUUAAAAAAGGGGUCGGUUUGAAUCCUGAUGUUGUUACUUAUACUACUUUGAUUAGGGGUUAUUGUGUGCAGCAAGAGAUUGAUGAGGCUUUGGUUGUUCUUGAGGAGAUGGUGGGGAAUGGAUUAAAACCGAAUGAAGUUACUUAUAAUACUCUUAUUAAGGGUCUUUGUGAAGCGCAGAAGACGGAUAAGAUUAAGGAUAUUUUGGAGGGGGCUUUAGGGUGUGGUAAUUUUACUCCCGAUACUUGUACUUUUAAUACUUUGAUGAAUGCGCAUUGCAAUGCUGGGAAUUCGGACGAGGCUUUGGAAGUUUUUGAGAAGAUGACGGAGAUGAAUGUAAGGCCGGAUUCUGCUACUUAUAGUGUUCUGAUAAGGAGUUUGUGCCAGGGAGGGAAGUUUGAGAGAGCAGAGGAGCUGUUUGAUGAGUUAUCAGCGAAGGAAAUUUUGUUAAGAGAUGAUGGAUGUACGCCUCUGGUUGCAGCAUACAAACCCAUGUUUGAGUUUCUGUGUAAAAUCGGGAAGACUGCGAAGGCAGAGGAAGUAUUUAGACAGCUGAUGAGAAGGGGAACACAAGAUCCUCUUGCUUUCAAGACUUUGAUAAUGGGGCACUGUAGGGAAGGUACAUUUGAAGCUGGCUAUGAGCUCUUGGUCUUAAUGCUAAGAAGAGAAUUUGUGCCUGACUUUGAAACCUAUCAGUCGUUAAUUGAUGGUCUCUUGCAGAAGGAUGAACCUCUUGUUGCCUACCAAACUCUUGAGAAGAUGAUAAAGAGCUCCCAUGUCCCUACAGCUUCUACUUUCCAGUCAAUCCUUGCAGGACUUCUGAAAAAAGGCUGUGCCCAUGAAUCGGCUAGCUUUAUAGUUUUGAUGUUGGAGGGAAAGAUUCGACAAAAUAUCAAUCUGUCGACACAAACUGUGAGAUUGCUCCUUGGCAGGGGACUUCGAGAUAAAGCAUUUAAGAUCGUCGGGUUGCUUUACGAUAAUGGUUAUGUGGUUGACAUGCAAGAAUUGGUUGAUUUCCUUUGCCAUAAUAAAAAGUUCCUACAGGCAAACAAAUUGUUGCUGUUUUGUUUGGGAAAAAAUCUGAACGUUAACCUUGAUUUGUGCAACACAGUACUUGAAGGUCUUUGUAAAAUGAAAAGAGUUUCAGAAGCAUUUGGGUUGUAUUAUGAAUUGGUGGAGAAAGGCAAUCAUCAAUCUCUGAGAUGCUUAGAAGAUUUAAGAGUUGCCCUAGAAGCUGCAGGACGAUCAGAAGAAGUGAAGUUUCUGUCCCAGAGAAUGCCAAAUAAAUGUCAGUCAGACAAAUAUCUGGAGAAGAGCUCUAGGGUGCAGAGAACUUACAAAACAGGACAGUUGGGAACUGAGACGGCGGAACGUGUUUACGAAAUGGGAAACAUUGAUCAAAUGAAAAAAAAAGAAGGUAAGUUGGAAUUGGUUGGAAAUGCUUUACAGGCAGUCAAAAGGAGCUUUAUUCUCUUGAAGAUGUCGAAUACUCGCAAUGGCAAUGGUUCUUCCGGCCACUAUGUGAACCUCACUAAGCGUGCGGUUACACCAGGCAAGGCAACAGUGCUUGCUAUAGGCAAGGCCUUUCCUAGCCAACUGAUUCCACAAGAUUGCCUUGUGGAGGGCUAUAUCCGAGAUACCAAAUGUGAAGAUGUCUCCAUCAAGGAGAAACUGGAGCGACUCUGUAAAACUACUACUGUGAAGACAAGAUACACUGUCAUGUCCAAGGAGAUUCUGGAAAAAUACCCUGAAAUUGCAACUGAGGGCACACCAACAAUUAAACAAAGGCUCGACAUAGCGAAUCCUGCAGUUGUUGAGAUGGCAAAGGAAGCAAGCCUUGCUUGCAUCAAGGAAUGGGGAAGGUCGGUGGACGAUAUCACUCACAUCGUCUAUGUCUCGUCUAGUGAAAUACGUCUUCCAGGAGGUGAUCUUUAUCUUGCUAGCCAGCUUGGUUUAAGGAACGAUGUUAACCGAGUGAUGCUUUACUUUCUUGGCUGUUAUGGUGGUGUGACCGGCCUUAGAGUUGCAAAGGACAUAGCUGAAAAUAAUCCAGGAAGCCGUGUUUUGUUAACCACAUCCGAAACUACCAUACUCGGAUUCCGCCCCCCAAACAAGGCACGCCCUUAUGACCUCGUAGGAGCUGCACUUUUCGGGGAUGGAGCUGCAGCUGCCAUAAUCGGAGCAGAUCCUAUACUACCUACUGAGUCUCCUUUCUUGGAGCUUAACUACGCAGUUCAACAGUUCUUACCGGGAACACAAAACGUCAUUGAUGGACGUCUCUCUGAAGAGGGAAUCUAUUUCAAGCUCGGAAGAGACCUUCCUCAGAAAAUCGAAGAUAACAUUGAAGCAUUCUGCAAAAAACUUAUAUCAAAAGCUGGACUUACCGAGUUCAAUGACCUGUUCUGGACUGUCCACCCUGGUGGACCAGCAAUACUGAACCGGCUAGAGAGCACUCUGAAGCUAGACGGGAACAAGCUCGAGUGCAGCAGAAGGGCUCUAAUGGACUAUGGAAAUGUGAGCAGCAAUACCGUAUUCUAUGUGAUGGAGUAUAUGAGAGAAGAAUUGAAGAGAAAGGGGAGUGAAGAAUGGGGACUGGCUUUGGCUUUCGGUCCCGGCAUUACUUUCGAAGGCAUUCUGCUCCGUAGCUUGUGAUCGGACCCUGCACCACCCCCUACAUCUACAGUCUUCUUUAUAUGUUCAGCCUGUUUUUCAGCUGCAUUUGCAUUAUUAAUUAGUAGUACUUCAAGAGAAAAAAGAAUUUGGAUUUUUUAGAGUUUCUAUCACAAACUGGACGUUUUCAACUGUUUUAGCUAUUGUAGCUAAAUUAAAUUCAAUUAAAUGGGGAAGUUUGUACUAAAUAAUGCAAAAAUGCCAAUAAUAAAAAAGUUACACUUACUUGUAUGUAAA